GUGCUGAGUAUCAUUCAUAUCUCAAUUGAAAAGAAAGUUGUUGUUAAAUCUCUUUUAACUAGAAUACUAAGUGGAAUUUUUUAAAAUUUGUAUAUAUCUUAAAAGCACUUCGUACCUGCUCAAUGGACGAUCAUAAUAUACGUUCUGCUAGAGGCACCGGAUUGUUUCGCUUCACGAAACCAGCAGGAAGUCAUUUUGUUCAGUCGUACAACACCAGUAAGGGCAGAUUCGCAAUAAAUAACAGAGGUUUAGUGGCUUCUACCUCUGGAAGCGCAAGCCAUCAUGUGACCUUGCCUACCAAACAUUCGCCUGCAGCAGAGUCUUCGAAAGACGUGGAUAUUCCUAAGCCUCAAGGAAAUCAAUGUAAUGUCGCAGAGUCUUCGAAAGUCGCCGAUAUUCUUAACUCUAACCCUCAAGGAAAUCAAUGCAAUGAGGCAGAGUCUUCGAAAGUCGCCGAUAUUCUUAACUCUAACCCUCAAGGAAGUCAAUGCAGUGCGGACCUGGGAUCGACGAAUGAUGACUUUGGCACGCUAAAAAGGGAGUUGUUAGAAGUAAGAAGUGAUAUGAAAAAGCUUGGGAGACACCAUACGAACUGGCUUAGGAGGGAUGAAAGAAUACGCAAUGAAUUACAAGAGAUAAAAAAUGUCUUGACCAACCUAUUAAACAAAGUGGAGCCAACGAUACCAAUAUCAACGGCUGUAGAGGAAAGUGAGCCAACUGUAGUGGUGAUUAAUUCUCAGGUACCCAUCAGAGCUGGGUUUAAAAGGAAAUCAAGUGAAAAAGAUGCAGGUUCCAAAAAGUUUAAGAAAAAUCCUAUUACCCUAGAAGACCUUCCAGCGGACUGCCUUGUCUUAAUUUAUAGUAAGUUGGAAAAGCAAGAUAGAUUUAAUCUUACACUGAGUGCUCCAAAGCUGUUUUCAACGUUACGGGAUCUGGAAACUUGGCAGGACGUGUCAAUUUUUUUUGAUAAUAGACACGAGAAAAGUUAUCGGCUUCUCCCAUAUCUACUCGAACAAGAACAUUUGAAAUGCCUCAGAAUUGAUUGCGAUGCAAGAUGUAGCACACAUGCUCAAAACUGUGAGAGCUUCAGAGCUUUGACGAAAAUGCUUCGAAGGCUUAUAGAUUUUGAAUUUUUUGAAAUUCAAACACUUGAAUUGGUAAACACGGAGAGGCUGUUUACAGUUUUUAGCACCGCUGCAGUGAAUGAUUUUUUAAAAACAGCUGCCAACUUUAUAAGCAGACAAAAAAAUUUAAAAGGGUUGAGUUUAAGCGGCUCAUGGAUCUCAGUGAAACAUGCAACAUAUCUAAUAGAUGGUAUAGCCAAUUUGCACAGUCUCUCAACCUUGAACAUUAGUGAGCUAGUCAAAUUUGAGAGCAUUCAACUCAAUGAUGUCUCACAGAUGUUCUCCAAAAAUUUCGGAAAUCUGAGGAUUUUAGUUCUCGACAACUGCCUCUUAUGUGAGAAAGUGAUUAAAGAAAUCGCCAAAUUUGAGGCAUUGGAGUCUUUGGAAGUGCUGGCUACUGACGUCAGCAUAUAUCAACCAGGAUCAACAAUGUGGCAGACAUUGAGUCACGUGUCAGUUUGCUACACAAUAUACAAAAUGAACCUGCUAGCGGCACAGAAUUUUUCCCGAAUUUUUGUAAAAUCCAUGCCACUUACAAAACUGGAGCUCCACCUGGAUAAAACACUUUCAGAAAGUGAUGCUCAAAGUUCAGGGUCUUAUUUGAGGGCCACUUGCAGCUCAAUACAAGAGAUUGUACUAGUUGUCACUGAAUCUAGCAGCAUAGUAGCCUUACUAGCUUUCACUCGAGGCGUAAUAAAAAUGGCCUCCUUAGUACAACUGAAAGUGAUGACAAACAAGAACUUCAGCCAAGAAGAUGAGAAUGAGGUGACCAAGAUGGUUACCAGUCUACGGACAAGGAAACUCUGUUUCACAUUGGAUCAGAGGGAGUUUAUGUUGAGGCCAUCUUUAUGGAAUUCAUUAUUUGGCUGAAAUGGUGUGUUUUUUUUUAAAGUAAUCUGAGCUAGUUACUCUUAAACAUAAAGUUUA